GAGUGCGCUGGACAGGCCGGAGCCGGGGGGGCCGGGGACGCCAGGGGCCCGGAGCGGACCCUCCAUCGAGGUCGUCGUCGUCGACAUGCGCUGGGUCCGGGCCUUGUGGAAGAAUGCCACCCUGGCCGGGGCGCCCAAAUACAUCGAGCAUUUCAGCAAGUUCUCCCCGUCCCCGCUGUCCAUGAAGCAGUUCCUGGACUUCGGCUCCAGCAAUGCCUGCGAGAAAACGUCCUUCACGUUCCUGCGCCAGGAGCUUCCCGUGCGCCUCGCCAACAUCAUGAAGGAGAUUAACCUGUUGCCGGAUCGGGUGCUGGGGACGCCCUCCGUGCAGCUGGUGCAGAGCUGGUACGUCCAGAGCCUGCUGGACAUCAUGGAGUUCUUGGACAGAGACCCCGAGGACCACCGUACUCUCAGCCAGUUCACAGAUGCCCUGGUGACCAUCCGCAACCGGCACAAUGAUGUGGUGCCCACCAUGGCCCAGGGCGUCCUGGAGUACAAGGAGGCCUACGGGGACGACCCCGUCUCCAACCAGAACAUCCAGUACUUCCUGGACCGCUUCUACCUGAGUCGUAUAUCCAUCCGCAUGCUCAUCAACCAGCACACCCUGAUCUUUGAUGGCAGCACCAACCCCGCCCACCCCAAACACAUUGGCAGCAUUGACCCAAACUGCGAUGUCUGUGAGGUGGUGAAAGAUGCCUAUGACAUGUCUAAGCUCCUGUGUGAUAAAUACUACAUGGCCUCUCCCGAGCUACAGAUCCAGGAGAUCAAUGCCUCCAGCCCCAAGCAGCCCAUCCACAUGGUGUAUGUCCCCUCCCACCUCUAUCACAUGCUGUUUGAGCUCUUCAAGAAUGCCAUGCGGGCAACGGUGGAGAUGCAUGAUUCCAGCCCCACCCUUCCACCCAUCAAAGUGAUGGUGGCUCUGGGUGAGGAAGACCUGUCCAUCAAAAUGAGCGACCGGGGGGGCGGGGUACCCCUGCGGAAGAUUGACCGGCUUUUCAGCUACAUGUACUCCACGGCCCCCACGCCCCAUCCGGGCACCGGCGGGACCCCCCUGGCUGGCUUUGGCUACGGCCUCCCCAUCUCCCGCCUCUACGCCAAGUACUUUCAAGGGGAUCUGCAGCUCUUCUCCAUGGAGGGUUUCGGCACAGAUGCUGUCAUCUACCUGAAGGCCCUGUCCACAGACUCAGUGGAGCGACUGCCCGUGUACAACAAGUCAGCCUGGCGCCAUUACCAGACAAUCCAGGAGGCGGGAGACUGGUGUGUGCCCAGCACAGAGCCCAAGAACACCUCUACGUACCGGGUCAGCUAGUCGGGCCGCCCAGUGCCCCCGUCCCAGGUGUCCACUCUCCUGCACAGUCUCCAUUGCGACUUCGGAUUGACCGCCCAGGUGACCUGUCCCUGUGGCCAUCCCCUGGGGGGAGGGAAGAUCUCACCAGAGACCGGUUACCCCGGCAACCAGAAUCCAUUCCCCUUUGUGGUACCCACUGGUAGGUGGUGGGGGGGUCGUCUGCCUGCUGCCCUCCCCCUCUGUUCAUACACUCCUCUCUUGCCUGCCUGGGUCCCAUCGGCUGAAUUCUCCAUCUCUCCCUCACCGGUCCCCUCCUACAUACACUCAUCUUGAGGGGGUUCAGGCUGCUGUGGAAAGAGAAGAAAGAGGGAGUUGAGGGCCUGAUUGCCCCACCCCCUGCAGCCAGGUCAGUAUUGGGGUCUCCAGCCCUCCACCCCCAAGAGAAGGGGCUGGAGAGAACCUUGUUGGUGGCCUUUCCCUUGGCUCUGCCACCAAGCUGGGGUGGCUCCCCUGCCCUCCCGCCCCCCAGCCUGCUUUCUCAGGCCCCUGACACUCCUCGGUCCCACCCCGCACACGCAUGUGUUUGGCGUGACUUGCUCUCCUAGCUUCUGUAUGUCCAGAGCGGGGACAUACAGCAAUAAAGAGCUGGAAGAGGCACAAA